UGGCUGCAGGGGGCCCAGCGUUCCCCCCUGGCCGUCGUGCGCGCCCGCGGCGGCGCCUCGCGCGCGCGCGGCAGCCAUGUCCGAGGAGCCGCUGCGGCGGCUUUACGACAUGGUGUGGUUGCAGGAGGUGUGCGGCGAGGGGGUGGCCGUGCCAUUCACCACGGGCUCCAUGGUGGACGACUCCACGGCCACGGCGUCGAGCUGCUUCCUGGUCGGCGUCGCAGGCGCCAUCGCCGCCGCCGCGGUGUUCCAGGCGAAGCCGCUGCCCCUGCGCUUCCGGCUCCUGGCCGCCGGCUUCUGCGGCCUCGAGGGCCUCGCGCUGGCCGUGGCAGGCGCCCUGAUGGCGCUGGUGCGCCCCCCGCGGGGCCCCGACGGCGCGGCGGCGGGCGAGGGCCGCCUCCUCGACGGGUCCUCCCCGCUGUACUGGCUUCCGCAGCUGCUGCGGCUGGCAGGGUCCCUGCUGAUGUGCGUGCUGUCGAACCAGGUGCUCUUGGUCAUCGGUGGCCUCUUCCCGGGGCCCACCAUCUCCUGGCUGAACGCCGCCUCGGCGCUGCUCAUCACAUUCUGUGCGUACGCGUUCUGCUCCGGUGCCCGCGGAUUGGCCAUGGUCAACGGCGUCGUUGGAGGCGCAAUCGGCUACGGCAUCGUGGUCCUGGCUUUCCGAGGGAAGCUGCUGAAGUGCAGGGCGCUGGCGCUGAUCGUCACAGGCCUGUGGGUGCGAUGGGAGCUCGAGGACCGGUGCGGCGACAAGGGCUACGCGGAUUGCUUCCAG